AUGGUGAAAUGGUGCUUGAAACAAGGUGCAAACAUUGACUGUCAUUAUGAAGAUAUGCUGACACCACUGCAUAUAGCUGCAGAGAAAGGUCAUGAAGAAAUGCUCGAUAUUCUUCUCAAACACAGCAACAAGUGUAUUGACUCGAAAACAUUGUUUGGAGACACAGCACUUCUGAUUGCCACACAAAAUGAACAUAAACUGAUUAUGAAAAAACUAUUAGACAAAGGAGCAAAUGUGAACUGUACGGACAUUUUUGGCAGGACGCCUUUACAUGUGGCUGUUUUUAAAAAGAAAUCUGGCAUUGUAAAAAUAUUGCUAUCUUAUGGUGCAAGAGUCAACACUAUGGAUACAUUUGGGGAACAUGCACUAUGUACAGCAGUCAUUACAUCCCCAAAUCCACCUGUCACAUAUGCUCUUCUGAAGAAUGAGGCAAAUAUCAACUGCAUUAACAGUCAAGGAAUGAGUCUGCUUUCUGAAGCUAUUCUAUCAGCAAACACAAAAUCAAGUAUUGAUGCAAUAAAAAUGCUGUUGCGUCGUGGGGCUAGUGUAAACAUGCGCAACACUAUCAAUGGGCAGACACCUCUACAUGUUGCUGCGCAGACUGGCAAUCAGCCCAUUGUUGAGUUCCUGGUAGCAUCAGGAGCUGAUACAAAAGUAAAAGACCACCAUGGCCAAACAGUUCUGAAUGAAAUUUUAGAUGAAGAUUCUGACUCGGGGAGUGAAAGUGAAUAUAAGGAUGGUGUUAUGGAGUAUGAUUCAGAUCGGGAAAGUGAUUUGGAUGUUAGAGAAGAUGAAGAUAGUGCAGCUUCAGGCAGUCACCAUGAGGAUGUUAUUGUGGCCUUGUCUGGAAGAAGAUACGUAACCACACAGUCUAGAACUCCUCGGCGGUCUGUUGCUAAUAUGGUAAGAGAGCAGGCAGGAGUAACUCCAGCUGGUGUUUGCCAUUCACCUGGAGAAGCCUUGAAGUUACUUCUUAUGCCUGACAUCAUGGAUGUUAUAGUAAAACAUUCAAAUGAAGAGGCAGUUAGGCAAAAUGUUACUUUGACUUAUGAGAAAUAG